AUGCCUGAGCUCCUCUGGGGACAGGAAGGAAGUAGAAUAGUAUGCAAAGCUGCUAGCGCACUGAGACCAGAAUCUUCCAGCGACGGGACUCUUCGAUCCGGGCACACCUUAAAUGCCCUGCAAAAAGCUGUAAGGUUGAGCGCGUUGAUGUGCCUCAGAUCGCCAACAAUAGAGGUCGUUUAUGGCAGGCAAUCUUACACUGCACUUCUGACCCAAUUGUAUGAUCAGCUGCAAGCGGUACACAGUUGGCUACUUGAGAGUAUUACCGCGAAUAGGGAUCAGGCUGUCGCUAAUGCUCUGCCAAUACUCUUCUGGAUGGGUAUCAUCGUGUACAACCUUUCAACAUACUUCUGA